AUGGCGAUUGACUUGGCUCAAAUUAAAACGUGGAUUGAGAGCGGAAAGAAAGCAAGUAUUAUCAAAGCAUUGGAAAGUCUUCAAGCUUACAUGUUGCAACAAUCGGAUCAUUUUGUUGCAAAAGAGAGAGUGAGAGAAAUUUCUCAACAAAUUCCGAUCCAUAGUUUUUUACCAUGCUUUGAUACAAAAUCGUUGGAGCAAUUACAAUUGGCUGUUUCAGUCUUUGGGAAGAUUUUGGACGAGGUAGAUAUUGAUUCUGCCUUGCGGAAUGAUUCCAUGGUUUUGCAAUUCUUGGAUCUUGGCUACAAACAUCCGUUCGAAAUUGUGAGAAGACUCACAAUCAAUCAGUUGGCAAAAUGUUCCAGCGAUACAUUGUUAAGUAGACCUGAUCUGUUUUGUACUAUUUUAUAUUGUGGAAUGAUUGACUCGGAAAUAUCGGUCCAAAAGAUUUCUCGUCAAAUCAUUUUAACCGUUGCAUCACAACCAGAGGGUAUUAAGAAAUUAUUCGAAGAAUAUCGUAGCUAUUUAAUAGGACCGCUGAUUCAGUACUUGACACACGAAAAGAAAGAUGAUAUUAUCAAAUUCCGAGUGCAUGAUUUAAUGGCCUCAUUAAGUUCUAUUUCUAUUGAGGCAUUUGAGGUAAUUGAGAAGAAUGACAUUUUCAAACUUUUUGCAGAGGACUUGGCGAGAUCCAAGGACGACAUACUCUCUCUUUUAAACCUUCUGGAAAUAUUCAAGCACUAUUGUGUUUCCAGUUACAACAAAUUGGGAGCAGUAUCUCUCAAGAAAUAUGGCUCCUUCGAUUUAUUGAUGAAAAUAUUGACAGAAAAUCAGAACGAUCCUCUUACGUACUCCUUUAUUUUGAACUUGAUUGCUGAUUUAUCAGACGCUUCGGAAGAUUUAUUUGAUGCAUCUCUACCAAAUUCUGUUAUUGAAAAGAUUUUCCAUGAGGAUUUGUCCAACACUCAUGUCAAGGAGUCUCAAAUUGUGGCAAUAUCAGUAAUUGGAGCACUUUGUAAAUCCUCCCUUAAAAACCUGCAACAAAUACUAUUGAGCAACCAUGAAAGAUGCGCACAAUUCCUAGUGUUUUUUGUUGAGUCGAUCAAUGACCAAAUAGCUCAAACCUUUUAUCACUCAUUAGGGUCUAUUUUAGAAUCAAAAAGAAUUGAUGAUGAAAGCGCUGAAAAACUGGUUUCCAUUCUAGAGAGUAUUCUUAAAAAGCGAACGGAGCCAACAAUAACACAACCUUCUGCAAGUUUUAUCAUGAACUAUGCCAUGUACAACCUGAAACCUCCUUUCCCUGACAUUAGAUGCGCUGUUUAUCACCUCCUGAAGGGAUUAGGAUCAAGAUUCAACAUUGUUAAAGACCACAUUAACGUUUAUCCUGCAUUUUUCGAUUACAUCACCAACAGAACUACUGAGCCCAACAAGGAAACCAAGGAAUGGAAAUACAGUGUGGUUGAAGCCUUACACAACACUCUUCAUGGACAUCCUCAUGGCUCAGUUAUUGACUCGAAGCACAUGAUUGACCUUAAAACUUAUAUCAUCAGAGGUGCAUAUGUUGGUGACAAGGUUGAAGCACAAGUUGCCGUUCAAAGCGAAGUCUUGUAG